AUGCCGACGUUUCUAUUCAAAUAUGCGAUCUUACGUUGGUUCUGCAUCAUCCCUUGGCUUAUUCUACUCUUCGUAGAUGAGUUGAUUCGUACAACACGCGGUCUACCAAUUUAUAAUACAACUAAUUUACGGGCUUCAGGAAAUCCGUCUACCUAUGUUCAUAAUGAAACUACUCCAUCAAUGGGGAACGCGGUGGCUACGAUCUUGUGGCCACUGUUUGCAAGUGAAACAGCAAAUGGCUCCACUACUACAACUCCACCAUCGAACGCGACAGCUGCUUUGCCGACACCGGUUGGCUCCGAUGUAGAGCAUUGGAAUGACACAGGAGGUGAUCACACAUCCGGUAGUGGGGACUCAUUUGUAGAAGACCAUGCAGGAGUCUGGGUUAUUGGAGUAAUGAGUGGAACAUGUAUAUUGACCAUCGCGUUUAUUGUGCGAGCACUGUUCUCUCGUGCGGAGGCGUUCCGCGAUCCUCAGGAGAACAUGUUUGCUCAAGAUGGAAUGGACGAUCAAAUGGGUAUUGGCUUUGGAGCAACAGCGGGUGGUCCAUCCGGCACCGAUUUUGGCUAUCUCUAA